AGUAAAGUCUGUAGCUGAUUUCCUCACUUGUGUCUCUGUGAGGGUUGGGCCGGCAGAACAACUUCUUCAUAACAAACCUCCGUGCACAGCAAACUUCAGUAAUGGAUGAGAUUUUCACCUGUUAAGAAGAUGAAAUGAAGUGCUUAAAACAAUGAUAACAACCAUAUUACUUCUCACCUGUGUUACGCUCUGUCCUGACCUAGUUGGAAAGUUUCAAGAUACCUGUGACCCUGAUGGAGACAAUAAAACAGACAAACACAAGGACAUGUCACAUAGUGCUGGAGAUGCGAGACCUAAGCCCAGCAGUUUGUACCACGUGUGGCCAGAGAUGAAGUGCAAUAUGCUGAAUCUAGACAUGGUGCCCAAUGCAUUUGAUGACCAAUACAAAGGAUGCUCUGAAAUACUAGAGACCGACAUCAUGCCAAAAAUUCUAAACAUUGAGAAAUCGUAUAACCCUCCGUUUGGAACAGCAUGGGACCAAGCUAAAAUACAGUGGGAUAAAACUAAAAGAACAGUUCGUAUCCCCAAUGGAUUUCUAGACGAGUUUGGGAUCGCAAUCAGCGUCUACACUACAGACUUUCCAAAAGAGAAUCCAAUUUACAAACUGUUUAAUGGCAACGUGAGCACAGCUGGAAAAUCUAGAGAACAUUACAUGCACAAUUUUUACUUUAAAGCUCUUCAUUUUUACCUUACGAGAGCGUUGCAGGUGCUGAAAAGGAAUUCAAAGAGAAAACACCUGACUUAUAGAGGAACAGAUGAUUCUUAUGAGGUUUCGGAAGCCAUUUUUAGAUUUGGGAGGUUCACCUCAUCGUCCCUAAACAUAGAAGUUGCCAAGGAAUAUUACACAGGGUUGCUCUUUGAACUAACUACGUGCUUUGGCGUGGACAUCCACAAAAUUUCUGCCUUUCCCAAAGAAUUGGAAGUUUUAAUACCAGUUUCAGAGAAGUUUAAAUAUGUUGGCACAAAAGGAAAUGUUUAUAUUCUGAAUAGCACUUGUGAACUCUGUAGUUACUUUAAUUGUGCUUACUUAGGAGAGGAAAAGCAGAAAGUGGCUACGUGCAGCUCUGAUUUUGCUGUUCGGGAGCUUUCAAGGAUCAAGACUAACACCUCUUGGCCCCCGGGAGGACAGAAAGAUAAAACGAAGGAGAGAGAAGUUUUGACUGUUGCGCUACACGUUGUACACAGCACUGUUGGAGUUGGGAACAAGAAUGCAUACCUUUCCCGAUGAUAAUUUCACUAAAAGACCUACUCCUACCAGCGUUAGACAAAUUGGAAACCACAUUGCAUCAAUUACUAACCGAAACCCGAGUUGAGAAUCCCUUACGUUUUCCUCAAAAUGGCGCCAACUCCCAGCAGAGUCAACCUGUGAUUUUGUCUGCAUGACUCCUGCGAUGUAUUGGCUAGAACACAAGGAGAAAUGACAGGGGCGGCAGACAUGGACGCAGUUACGGGACCCAACCCUACCAAACCACUGCUCCAUGUUAAAACUCAGAGGAGAAGAAACCUUCACAUCCAUCGAAGACAUGGUGCCGAAUGCGAUUAUAGCCCGCAGUACACCUACACUGCAACGUGACCCUGGCUCUCUCUUUUCCCCCCACCAGCCACGAGAACAUGCAUCCUCCCAUGUUGUACACUGGCUACAUGACAAGAUAUUACUCAG